UUGUUACUAAAGUUGAUAUUUAAUUGACUUAUUUUCUACUAUCACUUCAGUUUGGUCGUGUUACUCAAAUCAACAAGGCAAUUAGGUUGAUAGAAAGUGGUGCAGUGGUGCUGUUAUUACAAGAAUGUCAAAUAAAAAGAUUGGAAUUAUUGGAAGUGGCCUCAUUGGCCGAUCAUGGGCCAUGAUCUUUGCCGCCGCUGGUUACAAGGUCUCUCUCUACGACAUAGAUUCCCAACAAAUUGAAGUAGCCCUUGCAGAUAUCAAUCAACAAUUGCAAACUUUGGAAAAAGAAAAAGUCCUCCGGGGAACACUUACAGGAAAACAACAAUUUGCUCUUAUUUCAGGUACAACCAGUCUCGCAGAAACUGUAAAAGAUGCUACGAUUGUGCAAGAAUGUGUUCCAGAAGUGCUUGACCUAAAGAGAAAGGUUUGGAAACAAGUUGACGAUAUCGCUUCACCAAAUACCAUUUUGUCAAGUUCCACUUCGACUUUUAUGCCAUCACUGUUCAGCGACCACCUUAAAAAUAAGAAAAAUAUAAUCGUAUCCCACCCAGUCAACCCGCCCUACUAUGUUCCUGUUGUAGAAGUAGUACCUGCUCCAUGGACCGACCCUGAAGUUGCCAAGAAAACUAGAGCAAUCUGGGAAGAAGUUGGACAAACUCCAGUUUCCCUCACCAAGGAAGUUCCCGGAUUUAUUAUCAAUAGACUACAGUACGCCGUCCUUAAUGAAGCCUGGCAUCUAGUAACUGAAGGAGUUUUGGACGUAAAAGACGUCGACAAAGUCAUGUCUGAAGGUUUGGGUAUGAGAUAUGCCUUUUUGGGUACUUUAGAAACCACUCACUUAAACGAACAAGGUUUUGUCAACUACUGUAAGCGAUAUGGUGAUACUAUCUACGCUGUCAGCAAAGAUUUUAAACCAACACCGAAAUUCGAGGGACCACAUGUUCUUGAAAUUGCAAAGCAGCUGGAAGCUGAUGUUCCAUUAGAUAAACUACAGGAAAGAAGAAACUGGAGAGAUCUGUGCCUCACCAAACUGAGUCAGCUAAAGACUGAGAUGAAUAAACUUAAAUAAUUUGUCUUUGUUCUAUUAAAUUCAUUUUCAAAUAUAUUAUUAUAAUAAUAAUGUUAUAAAGAAUUGACAAACAUGCACCACAAAAAGUUAAAUUUGACAAUCUAAUGACCAAGGCACACCAAGGCUAAAUAUUAAAGAUGUAUUUACGCAACACUAUAGUUUUUGUUGAAUUUCAAUAAAUCAUUUUUACUGUUA